CCCCGUUCUGGCAAAGGCUGAAAACUUCUCAACAUUCAAUUUAUGUUUGCUUUCUAGUCUUCGUGAUUUACUCUCUCGCCUUUAAACAAGAAAGUUUCCAAGAUUGUGUUUUUGUUGAAUUUACAAAAUUGAGGCCGAUUUCAAGUCUGGUCUCUAAAUUUGUUGGAUUUUUUUUUAUAAAUUGGAUAUAUUCUCUUACUAUUAACGGGUACUUGUUAUGAAUUUAUUGCUACACUCGGUGGGACAGAUGAAUUUCAAUUUUAAGCAUUGAAAAAGAUAGAAGAUUAGGUAUAGCAUUUAGCGCAUGGAUUGUACCAAACCUUGUGAUUUCAGAGAAGAUUUGAUUUGGGUGCCACUUUUCUGCUUUAAAGGCUCACCAUACAUGCUUCCGAUGUCAAGUGGAAAUUCCUACUAUGAUGACUUGCGAAUGAAACCUGAGGUCAUUGAUCCAUCAGAAAAUGAAGACACAUUGGACAUUGGUGAACAUGUCAAUGACACCUCAGAAACUGCCUCAAAACCUAAUGUGGCUGUCUCGACAAAUGUCCGUGAACUUCUGGAAUGCCCAGUUUGCUUGAAUGCUAUGUACCCUCCAAUUAGUCAGUGUUCCAAUGGUCACACAUUGUGUUCUGGUUGCAAACCCAGGGUGCACAACCGAUGUCCAACUUGCAGGCAUGAGCUUGGUAAUAUCCGUUGUCUGGCAUUAGAGAAGGUUGCUGCAUCCCUUGAGCUUCCAUGUAAAUAUCAAAAUUUUGGGUGCAUAGGAAUCUAUCCUUACUACAGCAAGCUUAAACACGAAUCUCAAUGCGCUUAUAGACCUUACAAUUGUCCUUAUGCCGGAUCAGAGUGCUUGGUCAGUGGUGAUAUUCCAUUUCUUGUGAGCCAUUUGAAAGAUGAUCACAAAGUAGACAUGCAUAGCGGUAGUACUUUUAACCAUCGCUAUGUCAAAUCAAAUCCGCAUGAAGUUGAGAAUGCAACAUGGAUGCUUACGGUUUUCAGUUGCUUUGGGCAGUAUUUCUGUCUGCAUUUCGAAGCAUUUCAGCUUGGAAUGGCACCAGUUUACAUAGCAUUUUUGCGGUUCAUGGGCGAUGACAAUGAGGCAAAAAACUAUAGCUAUAGCCUAGAGGUUGGAGGUAAUGGAAGGAAGAUGAUAUGGCAAGGAGUGCCCAGGAGCAUCCGGGACAGCCACCGAAAGGUUCGUGACAGUUUUGAUGGGUUCAUCAUACAACGUAACAUGGCACUCUUUUUCUCUGGUGGAGACAGGAAAGAGCUGAAGCUGCGGGUUACUGGUAGGAUCUGGAAGGAGCAGUAACACGAUCCUUGCCCAGCCCUUGUCGUAGUCUUAGAAUUAGGUAGCUUCGUGUAGUACGAUGGAAUCUUCAGGUCAUGUGUUUUGGGUAGAAUACUCUUCGUGAAUCAAAUUACAUGGUGAAGAAUCCUCGUUAGUUAUCGACUGUCAUGUGUUAGGAUCUUGAGUAGUGAUGGUAUGAAUCUACUGCUUGUUGAUGUUCAUGUUGUAUCUUUGUGCUUGGUAAAAACAUUGCUGCAGGGAAACAUGGGCUUUCAAGUAUCUUA